CUUGGAGAGGCCCAAUUUACCAUCCAACCAGGCAGUGUCCACACACUUAUUGAGGUGGUGCGCACACUCACUUUUGACAUUUGGGUCAAGUUUUUGGGCGACAGAAAGAAGUAAAAGACAUUUUCCUUGGAAAGCCUGGACGUUUGAAGUUUAUUUCUUAUGUUUUUGUUUUUCUUCGGAAAAGAUGAGGUACUCAGCUUUCAUAGGACUCCUGGUGGUUUUGCUAAAACAGUUCUGCACAUCUGAAGGUGGGUCUACCCCCAGCCAGUCCUCCACUGAGGUCACCUACCAAGAUGGACAGAACUUAUCCCAGGACCCAGAGCUCCCUGCUGCAGAACCGAUGCCAGUAGUGUCUCUUCCUAGUUUGAAAGAAGUACAGCAGGCGGUAAAGACAGCCUCAGAACAAGCGGACAGUCGUGGGGCAGGGGAAGUGCUAAAGGAGCUGUUGGAGAGGGUGGUAGAAGCUGCUCUGGGUCACGCUGAAAGAGGAGGCGAAGCAAAAGAUGCAGUGGCUAAGAAAGAAACAGUCAAUCUUGAUGGCCACGGAGUCGAAACAGGACGUGAAGUUGAAAAACUGGAGCAACCAGUGUUGAAUAAAAAUACUAUUUUUAAGGAAGGAGAUGCUGGAUUUGAAGAGGAGGGGGAAGCAGAGGCAGAUGCAAUUGAAGAUGUAGUUAUGGGAGAGAAGAGGGUUGUCAAGGGACAGGGUGGAACAGCAGCUGCGUCGAUGGAGAAGUCCACAGAAAGUGUAGAAACUGAAGUCAGAGAGGCAGAGGGUUUGGAGGAUAUAGAUGAGUCACUAGGAACCACAGUCAGCCAGGAGGUUACAGAGAAAGCUUCAGAAAAGACAAAAGUAGAAUUAGAACGAAGGGAGGAAGACAGCAAAGAGCAAGUUGUGUUGUCAGUUCUAAAGAAUGCCACUGAAACAGAAAUAAGGGACAAAGAGGAAACUCCAGCUGCUGUGGAGGCGGUAGUAGAUGUUCAGCCAGAGCAGGAAGAUGUGAAUGACUCUAAACCUGGCCUGGGUGUAGCUGAAGAUGAGCAGAUAGGGACUAACGGAGGAAAAGAAGUCCUUCUGAAUGAAGAAACGCCAACAUCUGAAACAGAUGGAGAGAUAACUGUGCUGCCUUCUAAACAUUCUGAGAUAAAAAUAACAAAAGCUGUUGUAGGUGGGCCAGCAGAGGUGGAAGAGGGGAUAAAGAGGGGCGAGUUUAUGGAAGGACAUGAAAAAGCAGAUGAAAAACGAGAUUUAGAGGCAGGAGGAACUGAGGACAAGGCAGAAACAAAGGUUAUAUAUUUCAGACAAGCAACAGUGGAUGAAAUAAAUAAUAUAAGUGUUAUCAAGGAGAAGUCCUCGGUGAACAUGGGAGGAGACAAUAAAGGAGAGGAAGAACAAACUACCGUAAAGAAUCUGCACCACGUCAAUGAUCAAGAGACAUUGGUGAUCCCUGGCCUACAUCUUGAGCACAGUACCAAAGCCUUCAUGGGAAACAGACCUGAAUACCAACUCCCCACCCUAAACCCAUCAGCUGAUGAAGUGGAAAGUGAAGAAAAUACCCUCAGUGAUGAGAAAUUUGAUCACAGCAAUGAAAUCAUUACUCCAACAGAUGACUUUUUGCCACACAAACAUGGCAGGAUCCAACCUACGCUGGAGCAUUUUCAGAAUGAUGUUCUGGCUGAAUACCAUCAGGCAGAGGGAGGGGAACCAAGGGAGGCCAAUGAGCUGGUGGAAGAUUCACCUGGAAUCAGAGAGACAGAUGAGCGAGGCCUGGAGGCAUGGAAAAUUGGGGCUAUUUUUGCUGCAGUCUUCCUGGUUUUGGAGACUCUCGUCAUCAUUUUUUAUAUUGUCAAAUGUCGAAACAAAAAAAGCACCCCGGCCGUGCAGCGACUUUGUGAGGAUGGACGUGUUGAAGCAAAGGCAGCAACAGGAGGGAACUGCAGUGACGAUACACUGCCAGCAGGCAACGGAAGCACUCAGCAGACAACCACGGCUUCAACCCUUGCCAGAAAAAGAGAGCAGCAAGAGGACAAGCAUGCAGUCGCCAUGACAAAGCUCUCACCCCGCUCCGAUUGGGAGCUGGCCACUUCUGGACCUGAACCAGAUCCCUCACAAGAUCUCAGGACUUCUGUAUAAGUCUGUCACUACAGUAACUAAAUACCCCAAAAUGCCACUUUUCAUUGCUUUUUCAAUUCAACUAGAUAAUGUCAAACUAAACCAAACACAGACAGCUUUGAAUGUUAUCUACCAUAACUAAAUGCAUCAAAUUGAUAUCUGUUGUAGAUAACUUUAUGUGUCCAUGUAAAAUAAAAAUAAUGUAAAAUUAAUAAAGGGAACUAGCUUUAAUCUUUUAGCAGGUGUGAGUAAAUGAGAAACAUAAGCAUGUUUUAAAAUAUGUUAUGGUGAAACUCUUCUAAAACGCAAUACAAUUCUAGUCUUCUAUCACAGCCUUUAUGGUCUAUAAAGUCUAAUGAACUGAGUUGAUGUGAAACAGUAAUGCUCCACAAUAAAAAAUAGUUCUCAUUAAAAACCAACAAAAUUAAGAAUAAGAAAAAUAUGGACUUGUUUCCUCUUUAUUGGGAUGUAGUUUAAAACCUAAUUUGAUUUAUAUUCUUUAAAACUCUUCCCAUUUUGUGUAAUCACUGGAGGUUUGAGAAAACGUCAAAUUAAAAUGAUAAACCUGAACAAGUGUUUUGUCCUUGAUGCCUGUCUGUAUGGACUUGUCUACACUUUGCACAAAAUCAACAUUUCAUCUGAAGCUACCUUUCCGAUUCCACUCUUCAUAAAGCAAUGUUCUUAGAGCAGCUUCUGCAUGAAUGUUGUCUCCCAGCCUUUUCUGCAGAUGAUCACAGAGGCCGGCGAUCACAGGGCAUAUAAAUGAAUGUUUGAAAAAGAGCUCAAGCACCCUCAAGUGUUGUGCAGUCUGCUGCCGUGCAUGUGAGAGGCAAUGCACUCAUGAAUGUGUGUGAACGUCUUUGCACAAGCUUUUUCAAAGGUCUGGUCAUGUGUUUGAUAGCUAUUUAGGACAGAAAUUGGUUGAAUCUUCGGGGGGAGGACCAACAGUUCUGCAACAGAGGAGCAGCAUGCACAGCCAGAGGUACGGUGGUGAUCAUAUAUUCUGUUUCACACUAAUAAAAACAAAUGCUCAUAUGCUUUAAUUUAGGAAUGAUUGCUCCAACACUGGGAUUCUGCCAAAGAACAAAUAUGUCAAAUAUUGUUUAUUUUAUUCUAUUUUAUUUUGUUUUCACUGUGUUGUUAUUGUUACUGUUUCAUUGCAAAUCAUUUGCUGCUGCUGCCAAAGCAUUAGUCACUUCAUUACUGAUUUACAAGCUUCAAAAGCCAAGCACAUUCAUUCAAAAUCUACCACUGAAAGCAUUUCUGAACUUGAAAAAGUUGAAAGCUGAUGAUUUUUUGAAUUAUGUAUAAUGACUCACACUGCCUGCGAGGGCGUCUAAGAAGUUGAGUUCUGAAAUAAUAUUGAGACAACUGGCUUGAACAAAAAAAAAAAAAAAAGAAAAAAAAGCAACCCAUUAGCUUAACCCAUGGGCUUAAUAAAAGUGUUUUUGGACUGCAA